AUGUCUUCCCAGGGUGGUAUAUCUACUGUCCAGUCCAGCCAUGGAGCUGGCAACCAGUCAGUUUCGAAACAGGGAGAUUGGGACCUACCUCCUAUCAAAGAUAUCGUCUCAGAUCUAUCUGGAUCUUCUUCUCUUCUACCUGCACAGAGUUCUGAAUCCUUUGAAUUGGAAGAGCAACAGGCUAUGUUCCAUGCUUUACGGGACAUCAUCGAAAAGGCCCAAGAGGUCGAUGAAGGUGGAAACAACUUCGAUCUCAAGGAGCUCCAUGCUUCCCUUGAAGAGGCAGAUGCUACCACGAAGAGAGGACGCCGAGAUGCGGACUCUUUACAGAGUGUGGUAGGUACUCUGAAUAAGCUGUGGAACAGCAAGUCGGAGUACUUGGUUCAAGCUACUGAGAUUAUUGCAAAUGGUAGCAGAGAUCCAUCAUGGCGUGUUCCGUUUGGCCAGUCUGGUAUCUUGAAAUUCUUUUUGGAUGUCAUCUCCCUGAAAGAUGGGGUGGAUACCAGCUUGCUGCUUCAGUCUUUGCGUGUUAUUGGCAACUCCUGUGCCGAUACGGAUGAAAACAGAGAUAUUAUCGUCAAAGGAAACUACACUCUUGCUAUCAUCCGAUACUUCCUUGACCCGGAGUUGGUCUUCAUUGCCAUUCCGGUCAUUUACAACAUCUGCAUGGACUAUGAACCCGCACAUGCUCAAAUCGCCACUAACCGGACUGCCUAUAUACUGUUGAAGUUGAUCAAAGACGGAGAGAUCGAAGAUAACGAGGCUCUACUCAACUUUUCUUAUGACUUGAUUGAAUUGGCUUCAGAACAAGCCGAGGGCAUUGAAAAAUCUCCCGAUGGCACAAUCUUGUUGCUGAUGGAGCUUGCUCUUGAUGAAACCCUUCAAUUCUCACACUUCUCAUCUUUGGUCACUUCCCUUGCCGCUUACCUAGAAAAAGAAAGGUUCCAGGCUGUUUGUGUAUCAAAUGACAUGGUGGAGGGCGUACUGGACGUCCUGCGUCGUUCGUUCUCAAUUGAGGUCGAUCAAUCAUCCGCCGAAGAUGUCAAGGCUAUCGCCCAGCUUCGGCUCAAGAUAAAUCAGGCCUUGUCUGAGGUAUCCGCAUCCCCAUUGUUUUCUCAGCAUUAUCCUCUAGACUCCUCUCUUUCACAGACUUUGAAGUCUUGGGUGGUUGCAGAUGAGGACCAACUUCAGAUCUGUGCCUGUGUCAUGCUAGGCAACCUGGCUCGGUCUGACGAGGUCUGUCAGGUGAUGGUUCGGGAUCUGAAGAUCCACGAAGAGUUGAUCUUUGUUUUGAACGGCGAGUCUCGGGGCGCAGUCUUGCACUCUUCUCUUGGCUUCCUGAAGAACCUGGCAAUUGCUGGUGAUAACAGAAUCAUUCUUGGAGAAGCCGGUAUAAUCCCUGCCGUUUCGCGGUUAUGGGCAUAUGAGUCUGUUCCGCAGGUUCAAUUCUCUGCUGCCAGUAUUGCGCGCCAAGUUAUCAUUUCUUCGAUUGAUAACAUCUCCCACCUUCUUGCUCCUCUUUCAAUUGACCCUGACUCGCCAGCUAAUCAGCGAACAUAUCUCUCUUUGCUGUUGUCUCUUUUCGAAAAAUCGGAUUCUACGCCGAUCAAGACAGAGAUUGGACGUACUGUCGCUUCAAUUUGUCGAACCGUUAGUCCCAAGGCUCGUGAUGAAGAUGAACAAGCAAAUGCUUUGCUUGGCAAGCUGUUCACCCUACACGAGGGUCUUGCCCUUCCAUUGGGUGCUAUGAUUACACAAACUCAAUGGCCUGUUGUCCGCAGUGAGGGCUGGUUUGCUCUUGCUCUGAUGGCGACACAUAAGCUUGGAUGUGCCGCAGUCGUAGACUGUUUGCACAAGACUGAGGUCACCGAGUUACUUAAGACGACGUUGGGUGCGGAACCUUCCAGUCAGGAGACCACGGAAGAGACAGAUAAGUCCCAAGAGAACAAGGAUCGAGACAACGCUUUCAUUCUUGUGAAAGAGCUGCUGAAGAAUGAGGCUGGUACACUUCCUCUCGGGUAUAGAGACAUGCUGGAAGAUUUGGUGAAAGUUCAUACUGCCCAGUUGAGAGCUAUUGCGGGUGCUUAG